GAACCAAUGAAAAUAACAUUACCUUUGUGAUCUCCUUUCCACUAAUUGGUUAAAAGUUAAUUUCUCUAAAUCAUCAGAGACAAAAUGAUCAAAAACCAGUUUAAAUUGCCUGCGGUCAGAAUCAAGAAUCAAGUCAAUUUCCAAUGGAUUAUCUGAUUCCUCAACUAAUGGGAUAUUUGAUUUAUCUUAUCCUGUUAACAAUUUAACUCUUGAUUGGGCCGGUGAUCAAUUCACAAUGAACAUUUCAAGUGAACAAGUUAACAAGGGAAACAUUUCAUAUUGGUAUCAAGCUGAUACAAUUUGGACACCAACUCACCUUGGAACUCACCUUGAUGCCCCAUGUCACUUUGCUCGUAACACUUGGUGUGUCUCCGAUAUUCCCAUUGAGAGAUUGUACCUUCGACCGGGUUAUGUUAUUGAUAUUUCUCAUAAAAUUGAUUCUUCAUCUAAUCCUAAUUAUGUUUUAACCUCCGAUGAUGUUAAAAAUUGGAUUAAAUCAAUUGGAACCGUUAAAUCGGGUGCCGUUAUCUUAAUACGAACCAAUUGGUCUAAACAUUGGCCUGAUAGGGAAAAAUAUUUCGGUCUAAAAAGUUCAAAUUCAGAUUCAUUCAAUUUCCCUGGAAUAUCAGUUGAUGCAGUUAAUUCAUUAAUUGCCCUUGGUGUUGAUCUUUAUGGCAUCGGAAUUGAAGGUCCAUCGGUCGAUAAUGGUCCAAGUGAAGAUUUUGCUACUCACUCGCUUCUCGCACUUCACAAUAUUUACAAUUUAGAAAAUGUUGGCCCGUUAAUUGGAAAAUUGCCCAAGGAUAAUUUCUUAAUCACUUCUCUUCCCAUGAGAAUUGAUUCUGCAAGUGGAUCUCCGGUGAGAAUCGUAGCUCAAUUAACCAGCAAUUCAAGUGAUCAAAUUCAAUCUUGUUUCGUUUUGAUUUCUCUCGUUAUCAUCGCGAUCACUUAUCAUCGUAAUUUCUGAAUUUCUUUCAUGGUGAAAAAAAAACACAAAUCGAUUGAUCCAAGUGACGAAUCUGAAUGUUCAAUUAUCCAAGGUAAUCAAUUUGAUCAUUUGUAUUGAUUUUUUUUAAUCCAAUCAAUUGUUUUAUAACAACUUUGACUUUGUGAACUUGAAUGAAAUAUUGUAACAAUUUAGCCCAAUUAAGUUAACAAUUUUUAUUCAUUUCAAGAAGAAAGUUAUUCUUUUUUGCUUGUUUGUCAAGAAUCAAUUAGUUUGAUUGGGUCAAAGGUUAAAAUUAUGGUUAAAUUGGGUGGAAGAUUAUAUUCAAACAAUUCAGAGUUUUCCAUAAGUAUUUAUCUUGUCAUGGUUACAAUUUUGGCUCAACAAUUAAGGUUUAUGAGUAGAAAAUUUUGAUUACAGACCAUAAAUAAACUAAUCAUUCAUUUCGUUAAUUCAGUUAAUUCAGUUGAUACAAUUUUACUUCUUUUCGAUUUGUUUUUGUUUGCACGCUCUAAUCAUUUUCGUAACCAUAUAUUAAAAUCAAGUUUUUCAUCAUA